AUGUACAUUACUUGUAACCAUUAUACGCAUAAAGAUUUCUCGGAUCACUGUAAGGUUAUAAAUUGGGGCUCUAUAAUUGAAUGCUUGACUUAUGCAUUUAAGGAUUAUUCGCAUGCGAGAAUUUUGCAGCAGUUUAUAUUAAGUUCAUGCGAUUAUGCGACCUUCUACUGCGCCAAUAAGAAAUAUGGUAAGGCUAAGUUUGAAAUAUUUGGAGUUUUGAUAUUACGAUCAUUGAUCUUCCAAUAUGAAUAA